GUAGUUGCUGUAACUCAAGUGCGCGUGCGUGACGUUUUCAUGUUUAUGUUCGCGAUUUUUUAUUUGGCCGUUUUUCGGGUUUUAUUCUCAUGUUUUUUUUGCGAUUUUGCUUAUGUUGCAAACAAAUCAAUACAACAGCAACAAACAUUUAAAUACCCACUAUAGAGUUAAGUGUGAAAAGCCGUCGCGUUUUAAGCUUUUCAAUUGGAUUUGAAAAUUUUAUGCAUUUUGUGCAAAAAUUAUUUAAAUAAGGAAAUGGAUUACAGUGUAUUGUAAUAAAAAAAAAUAAAAACAAAAAGAGAAAUUAUAAGAUAUAUCCAAACAAAGUUUCGGUAUAAAAAUAAGAAAAUAUAAAUGUGUGUUUUUUAUUUUAUUAAAAAAUUAAUUUACUUUAAGAAAAUCUAAAAAAGGAAUUAUAUAUCUGUUAAUAUAAACGAAGAUAUUGGCAUUAGGUAAAUAUGUCUUAUUAUGUGUUUAGAUAUAUAACUCUAAAAUCAAUGCAGAUAUACUAUAAAUAAACAAUUAUGUCCCUACUGCUUUUAUCGCAAUAUCCUAAAGACAUCAAUGAUUAUAAUAAAAAUUCAAUUAAAAGCGUUAUGCUGCUUGAACAUAAUAAUUCGUACAUAAUCGAUCGUAUCCAAAGUAAUCAUAAUAAGCAAAAACUACUAGAAGGUAAAUACACAUUUAACACCAUAAAAAUGACAACACCUUCUACAACGACAACAAAUUAUAAAAUCAAUAACGAAACAGCCAACACAAACGAGGCAGCCAAUUUGUACACGCAACAGGAACAAGAGCACCAUCAUAUAAUACAACAACACCAACAGCAGCAGCAACAACAGCAACAUUUAUUACAAAUGCAGCAACAUUUAAUGCAACAAAAUAUAAUGACAACUUCUCCUUUGCAACAUUUAAAUAAUAUUUUCGGUUUAAAUUUAAACAAUGCACGGUCAGCCACUACUAUGCCACUGGCUGCUUCACCCAUAUUUCAUGUCAAUAAUUUACAACAUUUACUGGUGGGGGUAACUCCCCAGCAGCAACAACAAUUUCAACAAAUAUAUCAAGAAUUUUAUGGCAACAUGUUGCCGCAACAUCAACACUAUCAACAUGAGCAACAGAUUCUAAGAGAUUUAAUACAAGCCACAAAUAUGGAAACAACAAAUACCAAUAUGGAAACACAUUCACCUCUAGUUGCCACUGGUGCAGUUAGUUCGGGUAUGCUAAAAUCGGAAACAUGCAACAAAAAUACAUUGCCUCUACACACACCAGCAACAGCGGCCUUAACAAACUGCACCACCACAACACUGUCGCCUUUGGAGACGUUUGUUGUUAAUACAGUUGGUCUGAAUCAUCGCCAUCAUCAUCUGCAACAGCGUCAUAAUGAUGAUGGUAAUAUGGCUUCAUUAGAGCGACAACAUAAUGAGACUGCACACGCUAACCAAAAACAACAGCAACAACAACAACAACCACACUAUAAACAAAGCAAUAACAAAUUGCUAAAAUCACAGACCACCUUAACAUCAACUUUGGCUUCAAUUGUUACAGCAACAGCAACAGCAAAAUCACAAAUUACAACAAAUGUUGUUACUGCUGAUCUACUGGAAGCUGACAUUAAAACUAGUGUUGGUAACUUAUCAAUGACAUCUUUGACACCUGUUAAUACAACAGCAACAACAACAACGAAUGCUACAACAUCGUCGUCAUCAUCAUCGCCGUUGUCUUCAUCGUUAUUGUUGUCUGCAACAAAUAGCUUAGAAAACAACAGCAAAAUCAACCUUAGUACUUCCGCCACACUGCCCUCAGUCAAUACGUUUGAAUUUUUACCCGAAUUAUUUAAAAAUCAAAUAGAACAAUGUGUCAACAAAAGAAAAUCAUCACCCACUAAUUGUGCACUUGCAACGAAAACUGAUACAACAAACGUUGCAAGCACACCAAAUUCAACAUUAUUAGCAAAUUUUGUUGAACAAGGAAAUCUUGCAAAGAACUACAUGGAUGAUGAUAACGACAAUAAAGCCAAAGAUGAUGUUGACACAAAUAUACGCGGUGUCAGCAAAAGAAGAUACAAUGCUGCCAACAAUGUUGAUGAUGAUGGUGGUUGUAGUGUUAGUGGCAAUAGUAAUAAAUCUAGUGGCAACAAACAAAAAUCAGUAACGAAUGUAAAAAUAUCUUUGGAAAAUUACAACUCAAAUAGUGAAAAUUUUAUUGAUGAUGCUGAUGAGCAGCCGAACAAUGAUUGUUUAACUAUGCAAGCAAAUGAAGCAAGAGGAUCAAAGUUUAAUUUUCCUCCCCCUACGAAAACAUCAAACACAGGAACAGCAGCAACAACAAUGACAACAAAGGAACAAGGUAUGUCCUCGAAUUUGAAAAAUGUUGAAGAACUUUUAGCAAAUAAUUUCAAACAACAAACUAUGGCUGUUGUUGGUUCUUUAAAAGUACGUGAUGAAUUUUUUGAAUUAAAAAACCAAAGUAACACAAAUUUAAGUCCUAAUGCUGGCAUUGCUGCUUAUGACAUACAAAUACGUGGAGACCCUCAACAACAACAACAACAACAACAACAUCAUCAUGAUGAUGAAGGUGAGCAUUGUCUUGCUAUUAAAAAUAGCAAAUGUCCCCGUAGUCGUAGUUCAAGUAAUAGUUCAAACGCAUCCACCAAUUCAAACAAUUCAAUUGUUCAUAAUGUGGGUGGCGAUGGCGGCGUUGUUAAGAAGACAAAAUUCUCCUCAUCAUCAGAUAAUGAAAAGUAUUUGGAAAAUGAAAAACUUUGUAAAAUUAAGGAUAUCAGCCGUUUAUCCCGAUCUCCAUCACCCAUGCAAUCGAAUGCUUCCGAUUGUGAGGACAAUAAUUCCAGUGUUGGCAAUUCCAGUGAUCGCUGUCGCUCUCCCGAAAGUCCUGCCAUGGGUCUAACACAUCCUCCAUUGAAAAGAAGACAAUUAGCAGCUUUACAUCAGCACUAUCCACACGCCUCACCGCCACCAACAACACCACAAGCUACCCAUUCGCCCAAACUUAUAAAACAUCACAAGUCUAUAGUGGACGAAGAGCAGGAGGAGGAAGAAGGUGCUUUAAAUUUAACUAGUGAAAAUUCCCGUCACUCCUCACAAUCUCCCUCAUUAUCGGUGAAAUCGGUUAAACCCUGUUCGAGCUCUCCCUCAAGUCAACAGCAGCAACCCUUACAUCAAUUGCCACAACAGUCUGCAACAUUACCAGUACCCUCUUUAAGCAACAGUCCCCUGCCAGUAUUAGCUCCUGUUUUGGCUUCACCACAAGCACAGUUGGCCGCAGCAGCCGGCUUAAGUUUGGGUAAUCCCUUGAUGGCCCAAGCAGCUUUGGGUACUCCCUUGUCUUCACAUGACUUUUCACAAUUCCACCAGGCUUUGCAGCAGCAACAACAUUCACUGCAACAACAAUUUCAAAAUUAUUUAGACAUUUUACGCAGUGGUUCCUUGAACUUGGGUCCCUCAGAUGAUCCAACUGUAGCAGCACAAAUGGCAACUGCUCAAUUCCUGCUACAAAGACAAGCUUUAUCCCAAGCCGCCCAACAAUUGCAAGCUUUACAAAAACAACAGGAACUUCAACAAGAUCGCUGCGAAGCAUCAGUCUCCACAUCCCAUGAACCUCUACAAUUAAAAAAUCACCAUCAGCAUCAUCACACUUCAACACCCACUCACCACCGCAGUCCUUUGCACAGUCCAGCCACUUCACCCCUGCCCUCUAUCUAUGCCUCCAGUCAUAUGUCACACAAUUCUCAUCAGACACCACCUCCCUCCAAUAGUUCGGGUUCCAUUAAGGUGAGCGGCCUGUUAACUCCGAAUACACCCAGUGCUGGUGGUGGACCACAAACUCCUCAAAUGCCCAAGAAUUUAGCUAAUGCUCCUAGAGCUCCAGAACCCUCCCCCGAAGAAACAACAGAUUUAGAGGAAUUGGAACAAUUUGCCAAAACCUUUAAGCAAAGACGCAUUAAGUUGGGUUUUACACAAGGCGAUGUGGGUCUGGCCAUGGGCAAAUUGUAUGGUAAUGAUUUCUCACAAACCACCAUAUCACGUUUUGAAGCUUUGAAUCUAAGCUUUAAGAAUAUGUGCAAGUUGAAGCCGUUACUGCAGAAAUGGUUGGAUGAUGCGGAUCGUACAAUACAAGCCACUGGAGGUAUCUUUGAUCCCGCUGCCCUGCAGACCACCGUUACUACACCCGAAAUUAUGGGUAGACGUCGUAAGAAGAGAACCUCCAUUGAAACUUCCAUAAGAGGAGCUCUCGAGAAAUCUUUUAUGUUAAAUCAAAAACCUACUAGUGAAGAAAUCAGCCAAUUGGCCGAUCGUUUGUGCAUGGAAAAAGAAGUAGUGAGAGUAUGGUUCUGCAAUCGUCGUCAAAAAGAGAAACGCAUUAAUCCCUCUCUAGAUAGUCCCGAUAAUGGUGAUGAGUCACCCUAUAUGAUGAUGUAAAAAAAACAAAGACAAUUAAAAAACAAAAACGGGCAAAGAGGCAAUCGAAUUUUAAAAUUUUUUAUAUAGAUAAAAAUCGUUUUAAGCAACAAAUGACAAAAACAGGAAAGAAAUAUAAUU